AUGGCUGGAGAAGCCGAGACGCCACAGUGCCCUCAGCUUCACGUUGGCGAUCAGAAAUUCAGGGAGGAUCAUCGUGGACACGAUGCCCAUUGCAUUGAAGCCUACGAAGACCGAGCAAUACCCUCCGAAAUGACGCCCGAAGCACCUCGCAAGGAUGAGCCGAUCCCUCAAACCACUUAUACCUACCAGCUUCCCCUUCCUUCACAAGGGAGACAGGGACCCGAGGCUGUAUCCAGCGAUGAGGUUCAGUUCGACUUUGCACCUCUUCAACAAAACCGCUUAGACACCCAGUAUCUGGAGCGUCCCAUUGGCGUCGAUCACCGGGUUGUCCCCAGUCCAGAAUCAACACCGACACCCAAGGUCCACAGAAUAAUAGGAGCAAGGCCUGUGGGACACAGCGCCACCGGCUCAGAUGUAAGCUCAACCGACGAAACCAGAGUUUCAAAGUCUCCGAGGACAUGCCGUUCGAGAACAGCCUCAAAUCGUCGAGAACGUCGACCCCGUGACGAUGAAACGGCCCUCACACAGCCAUCAGACGAAGAUAUGCACUUCUUUCUCAUGUAUCGAGCACGCGAAAAGCAAAAUACUUUUGAGAGGCUAGUGGAGCAUCUUAAGCACGAAAAUCAAGAUCUUAGAGAGCUAAAUGAGCAGACUGAAACCAAGCUUCGACGGACUGUCAACGAACGAGACGAAUGUGCCGAGUAUUCGGAACUUCUCUCCCAGAGCUUGAUCGCGUUCAAAGAAAAGUACUGUAAGCUGAAGAGAUGGGCUCUGGAGACAAACAAAGACUGUGAGACGCUACAACAAAAUGCCUCAGAAUUCCAACGAACUCUGGCCGGGCUGACUAAAGACCGAGAUUACCUGUUGACUCAAUUGUAUGAAGUUCGAUGCUCUUCAGACUCAGCCUCAGUGCAAAUGGAGAGCCUUCGGAACGGUGUCGGUGCAGCACAAGCAAUGGCAGAGAACAGCAUCGCAACGAUCAAGCAGCUGACUGCGUUCGCCACGGCCCAAGACGACCAUCUGAUGAGCGAGAAGCAGAGAUGUCGGAAGUUGGAGGCUCACAUACUCUAUUUGGACCAGGAGAAAUGUAAACAGAGAGUCAGUCUUCAAUGCCAACAACUGGUCACCAAUCAAACCCUGCAGGAUAUCUCGAAACAGCUCAGCGAGCUCCAGAGUGAGAGAGUAGAAGAGGAUUCCGCGACCGACCGUAUUAUGGAACGUUUGUAUCGAAUAGGGUCGGUGGUCGACAACAACCUGCUGGUGAAAUCAGAUCUUGUUCCACUGAGGGAGGAUUGUACUUCAGUUUCGUCAUCGCUGACCCAGCUUGAGGAGUCGCUGUCGGAAAAGGUCCAGUCAGCAAUAGCAAGUCUCAAGCAUGACUUGCAACAUGACAUCUCCACCCAAGUGUCAAGAUUGUUAUCAGAAGUGCAGUCAGGUAAUAUCGAACUUGCUGAAGCCAAAGCAGAAGUGGCACGACUGGAGGGGAAGACAGGGCAGACUCAACAGAUCAUAGAGCUCCUUCGCGAGGCGAAGCAUGAGGCACAGAAGCAUGAGGCCGAGUUGCACAACACCAACAAAGGCCUUCGAAACAACAGAGAGGCAGCUAUCGUUCAAAGUGAGGAGCUCCGAACUUCGUUGAGAACGGUCACAACAAAGUGGCAAACGGCGUGCUCUGAGCUGGAAAAAUGCAAGCAAGACAAGAACGAAAUCCAUGCGGAUGUGAUUGAUUUGACGAUCCGGCUGAACGAAGCCAUGACCGAGCACAAUUGUCUUCGAGCUGAAUUGAUCGCAGGAGAAAGCAUUUUGAGCGAACUCCAGCAACAAAAUGAAGAGCAAAAUAUAGAGUUGAUGAACACGAAUGCCCGUCUCUCGAGUCUACAGAGGGAUCAUGACCAUGAGAUACAGAGAAGCCUUGAAAUUGACGAUGAAAUAGCGAGGACCAAAGCUCAGGACUUGCAAUUACGACGAGAUCUUGAGCAAUCUCGUAAAGACACAGUUACAGCGGUCACGGCUCAGCAACAGCUGCAAAGCCAGAUAGAUAAACUUGAACACAGAUUGACUGGCGCAGACGAUACCGUUCGACAGCUCAAAGAGACCUUGAAAUCCCUGGACGAGGCUACGGCAGAGCUGGAGUAUCUAAGAAAGCAACAAUCCUCUCUGGAGCGCCUCAAAGAGGAGUCUGCAUCUCAGAUCCAGCAGAUUGCGAACAAGUCCAAGGAUAUAGAAACCCUCCAGAAACAGCUCCAGAGCCUGCGAAUUAGAUCUACCGUUCUCGAAGAACAGGCGAGAGAAAAGGACCAAUUCGCCGAGGAAAACGCUGGCCUCCACAAUGACUUGAAGGACUUGAGGGCACAGGUGUCCGAGAACAAGGACCUGCAGCAGAAACUCCAGCAAAAAAUCACCAAGAUUGCUGUACUCGAAUCUGCUCUUGCUGCUGCUCAGAUUCAAGUGGCACAACUCGGCGAGCUAGAAAGAGAAAAUUUUACCCUCAAGGGGACCAUCAAGGCUGUUACAACGGACCUUGAACGAUCGAAGGAGCAGUGCGCUCAGAUUGCUCUCUUGCAGGAGACCGUCACACGGCGAGAGAGUCAAAUCACCGAACUGAGAAAGGAUCUGGCGUCGUUCAGCAACCAAGCCGAAGAACUCAAGGUUCUUCGGGCCCAAGCUCAUGAGAAAGAGGAGCGGUCAGCAGCCAUGCAACAGCAAAUCCUUACUCUUGAAGGCGCCGAGCCCAAUGCCAAACUUGAUGGUGAUGAGGCAGAACCCAGUCAGCCGCAACGCCGAGUUGCAGAUCGUUCCGGAGGUGCAGAAGACUCCCAUCACAACCAAUCACUCCACACACGUCCGAGUUCCAAUGGAGGCAAUGUUCAAUAUCUCGUUGGCAACAGUGCUUUGCCCUUCAGUCAGUCGGAUUCAGUAACUGCUGCCCUACAAAUUGUACCCGAGACACAGCUUGAAGUCCAACAGUCCCUAACAGUGAAUUCAGAUUGCCUUAUACUAUCUGCAAGCCAGGGCCAGGAAGAUAGUGCCUCGGGCCUUAGUCCAGUUCCGAGUGAUCACGGGGAGGCUGAUCUCGACGACGCGGUUAACCAAGGCUUUGAUCCCAGUAUGAGGCAGUACAGCCGUGGUAGAACGCAAGUCUGGCCGGGGGGACGUAGCGGGAUCAACCGCCACGAGGAGACUGCUGAGCGACCCCCGUCCAGCUCAUACGGGUCGAUGAGUGAACAAAUGCUUCUGGAUCAAGUCAGCGAACGUGGGUCUCAAGGUCCAGGCAGUAUCGACACCGUUCAGAUCCAGCCGACCUUUGCCAUGCCUGGAAAUAGGGUGAUGGCGAAGCAAGGACCGAGUCCCAGGAGAUUGAGAAGCGAACUUCGAGGUUACAGUCAUCGGUCCACUGCUUCUCCUGGCCCUAGCGUCGAGUUUCAAGGCAAUCGAGCAUCUACACCUGUCAUCACACGUGAGCGUGAGAGACAUCGACCCAAUUCGGCAGCCAAACGUCGAGUAGAGCCCGAGAAUGAUGAGGUCAAAACGCCCACAGAGCACCCCAAGCGUCUCAAGCGAACAGCUGCCAUCCUCGAGGCGGGGAAAUUACAGCCCACAACGCCGAAGCAGAGAGUGGAAAAGUCUUCAUCCCGAGGUGCCGUCAGUUUCGGUAAGAGCAGCGGUGGUGGUAGCAAUAGCAGCAGCAUCGUGGGAACGAAUGCUCCGGGCCCUGGUCAGAGUAAGCGAUCGAAUCGACCGGCUCGAAAAGGGUCUCGGCAAGACAAGUACGCCACGCGGUUCGGCACUGAGACUUGA